UCCACAUUUCAGAAUGAUGUGGGCUCUUACUGGCCUUCUGCUUCUUUUCAACCUUGGCACAGUGAUAAGUCUCUGCGAAAAAAUGGAUAGCAGAGAUCCUCUUGUCAGAAGAUUAGCCGAAGAAGGAUGUAAUUCUUAUUGUAAAAAAAAGGACAUACACACCUCUGGUGAAUGCGAAGAAAAGAACAAGUGCAUCUGCAUAGAUGGUCCUUAUGCUUAAUACACUACCUUAGUGUUCUCUGCAGUAGUAAUGUCUGCUUUGAGAAACAUAAUGAACG